AUGAUCCAAGCCCUCGAAAGCACUCCUAUCCAUGGACGGGAUAAUAUUGGUGGCACCUUAGACGAAAUGAUGUUAGAUCUGCAGACAAAAGCGCAAGAACAUGCGAAGCAAAUCGAGCAACUAAUGACUGAAAUUGAAAACUUGCGGAAUGACGGAAAAAUUCUCAGGGACGACAACAAGAAAUUGAAGAAUAACUUUGAGAACAUAAGGAAGGACCACGAAAACCUCAAGUCCAGCUUCCAGGAACAUCUCCGGGAAAGGGACAAACUUAAACUUCAACUGAACACCACCGAAGGAAGACUCCAAUAUCUGGAGGCUAUUAGCCUACAAAUAGCUCCCCAAACAUGUCAGACGCUGGCAGACCUGGGGGUGACACAGACAGGAAAAUAUUUCGUGGAUCCUGACGGGGUGUCAAUCGGCGAUGCACCCAUCAAAGUGCUCUGUGACAUGGAGACAGAUCCAGUAUCCACGAUCGUUCUCCACGAUUCGAUGGCCGAUACGAUGAUCGAUCCCUGUGCUGGUCCUGGCUGCUACCGUCGGAAAAUCAAGUACGAUGCGUCGCUCAAACAGAUGGUGGCUUUGAUCAAUCAGUCGACGCAUUGCAGUCAGGAAAUAAGGUUCGACUGCUUAUCAACGGCCUUGAGUAUUGGAGAAAGGCGGCAGGCAUGGUGGGUGGACCGACACGGGAAUCCUCAGGAUUACUGGGAUGGGUCAAACGGAGAAAAACACGUAUGCAGAUGUGGUCUCUCCAACAACUGUACGGACAAAGCACUGUCGUGCAACUGCGACGCAAAAGCCCCACAAUGGGAGUCUGACUCGGGAGCGAUCAUCAACCGAACUUCCCUCCCCUUAACUGAGCUGCGAUUCGGGGGAUUACAAUUUGCGGGUCAGAAGGCGAAAUACACUCUGGGCGGAUUAGCUUGUAGAGGCAAGGCUUCUUCGUCGUCGGAGAACCCAGCGGAAUCGUGCUCAUCUCUCCGCCGAACUGGAAACACUCGUUCGGGUUAUUACCUGAUCCAGAAAAAAAACGGACGAUUGGACGUCGUCCUCUGUCGGAUGGACUUUGAGGACUCCGAUGCGGGAUUCCAGCUGGAUACAGGUGCCCGAAUCAUUGUGAAAGGAGUCUAUUUUGAUGCCUACCUCACAAGUCACUUGCACAAAGAAGGAGUAAUUACCUUCAGUGGGACCGUGGUGAACAUAGGCAACGGAAUGGUUUCGAGCACCGGGAUUUUCACCGCACCCCUAGACGGAAUUUAUGCCUUCCAUUUUCAUUAUCUGGGUUAUGGCGAUGUAAGCACCCGGGUAGAUCUCAGACGAAACCGAGUGAUCAAAGGAGCUAUGGUUGCGAGACCCAAUGAAAGCGAAAUCCCGAGCCAAGCGAUCUUCCUCAGUCUCAAUUUGGGCGACGAAAUAGACUGGCGCCGCAUCAUCCAACUCCGACGGGCUUCCCAACCUCGGCUUGUCUUCGGCACUAUAGUUUCCGAACUUGAAGCGAGCGAACCGAUUGAAGCUCGUCUUCUCGCUGAUGACUCCUUCCCCAAACGCCUGGCACAGACGGCGAUGGGCGUCGACUGCCUUCUCUCCCAGACGGAACUCAUCGAGGAAGCAGGUGCAGAGGUGGUCGAACUUCUGGCUCAUACUUGGCGGUGA